AUGCACGCAAUACUGACAGGUCCAGUGUUUAAUGUUUAUUAUCCUGUCCUUGCAGCAAUCGGAGUUCCUGCUAACUUGGUGGUGAUUGUGAUCCUGUCAAAAAGAAGAUGUGGUCUCUCUAGAUGCAUCAAUUGUUAUCUGGUGUCCAUCGCGGUGGCAGAUCUCUUGGUAGUGGUUACAGUUGUAAUACUAAACAGGACUGCUGGAAUUUAUUUUCCAUUCAGUUUCCUAUCUAUCACACCAAUGUGCAGUCUACGUUCUGCCUUAAAUUAUGCAGCCCUUGACGCUACUGCCUGGUUAACAGUCGCUUUCACAUUUGACCGAUUUGUGGCCAUUUCUUGCCACAAGUUAAAAAUAACAUAUUGCACUGAGAAGAUGGCAGCAUGGAUCAUAGCAAUUAUCUCUGCUGUGGCCUGUGUAAAAAAUGCCUUCUUGUAUUUUCAAUAUGAACCGAUGUACAUGAUUAAUAACACACCCUGGUUCUGCAGCAUAAAAAUAAUUGUUUAUACGUCACCUGCAUGGGCUGCAAAUGACUGGAUUGCAUUUAUUUUGACACCUCUACUUCCAUUUAUUCUGAUUAUACUUCUCAAUGCUCUGACAGUUAGCCACAUCCUAGCGGCCAAUAGGUCCCGCAAGAGAAUCCGGUUCCGGAGCAAUGCAGAGAGUCAGAGUGAUCGAGAGAUGGUAAAGCGGAGGAAGUCCAUUGUCUUACUCUUCACUAUCUCGGGUAGUUUUGUCCUGUUAUAUUUAUUAUGUUUUAUAUGGAUCCCAUAUGUCCGAUUUGCAAAUGUCAUUUACACUUCAGUUUCCAAUUUCAGCAAUUCUACAUUUAUCAUCCAAGAAACUGGAUUUAUGCUUCAGUUAUUAAGUUCCUGCAUCAACCCCUUUAUUUAUGCUGGCACCCAGAGUAAAUUCAGAACAGAGUUACAAAAUGGGUUGAAGUAUCCAAUGAACCUCUUCAUUAAAGUAUUUAAAAUAUGA